AUGACGUCACUGCCCGCUGCGUCGUCACGCGUCACUUCCGCCACCGGCGGUGUUGCCAUGGCGACGGCCGUGCGGCUGCGGCCUAGCUCCGGCGCGGCGGCCCCGCUGCAGGCCCAGCUCCUGCCCUGCGAGCUCCGGUACCGGGGCCCCGCGCCCGUGGCCGCGUUCCUGAGGGUGCGGAGCGGGGAUGGAGGCGAGCUGUGGGCUUCGUUCCGGGGCCGGCGCAUGGGGGGCCGGGACCUGCCUGUGCCCCACGGCUACCGCGGGAUGGUGCUGCAGGAGGAGGACCCGCCCCACGGCGAUGAGGGCCGGUGUGUGACGGUGAUAGGGACGUUCGAUGCCAUCAGGGACUGGGGGGCCGAUGGAGUCCCCCCCCCCGGGGGUCUGGCCCUGACGCUGCAAUGGGGGGACAUCGCUCAGGCGAUCCACGCUCCGGUCAUUGACAGUGACGAGGAGGAGGAGCCCUAACAAAACCCCACCCCCUUUUUGU